AUGACGAGAGGGGAAGCAAGAGAAAUAUGGAGAGAGUUAAUGGGUCGUUAUAGGGGGGAAGUGCAUAUUCUCGUGAAACACAAGAAAAAAUUAUUAUUUAAACAUAAUCAAGAACCCGAUCUAAUUAAAGCUUUUCAUGGAAUAGGUGGAUUGGCAAGAUUUCCAGAAAACUUUGACAAAUUUGUCAGAAUUAGCUUAGAAAAACUGAGAUUCACUAUUGAAGAAAAAUGGAAAGACGAGGAAUAUCAGGAAAUUGCUUGUAAGUUGAGAAAAAUAAUUGACGAAAUAAGAACACGACUGAUUUCUGCAUUUGAAUAUGAUGCUGAUGAAUUUUGUGUUUUAAACCAUGGCGACUUUUGGACAAGUAAUGUAAUGUUUAAGUGCAAUGAAAAAGGAAACCCCUGCGAUGCACUCAUAGUCGAUUUUCAAUUAAUACACUACACUUCGCCAGCGAUCGACUUGCAACAUUUUCUUGCAAUGUGUCCAGAAUUCGAUGUAAGAGGUGACAAAGAUGAUUACUUUCUCGAAAAUUAUCGGACAAUCUUGAAAAGUACAAUGAAGAAAAUAGGGUGUAAAACAAACCCACCAACUAUGGAACAACUAAAAAAGGCAAUACGCAAAAGAGGAGCUUAUUCAAUUCUUAUAGGCUUGGUCUACUAUCCUAGAAUAAUAGCGGAUAAAGAAGAUGUUGAAAGUUUUAAUGAUCUGAUGAAAACAGGCACAUCAAAAAUGGAUAUUUUUAAAAAUCCCUUAGCUGUCAAAAUGAUUAAAUAAUUCUCGAAAACUGUCAAAGAUAAUGGUUACCUAGAUUAAAAACUGAUGAUUUUUCCAA